UUUGGAAAAAUAAUUACUUUCCCUAAAAUGCUCUCUCUCUCACCUAAAAAUUUCAAAAUUCGAUUAAUUAACACCCUUCGAUUAAUAAUCUCUUUUGGCUUUAGGCUGAAAAAUAAUUACCCAGAUAAUCAAGAACAAUAAUCGAUUUGCACCCGAAUUCCUUAUAAAAUAUAAAAUAUCCAAAAAAUUUUAAAAAAAUUCAGAAAAGAUCAUAAAAUGGCAUUAGUUCAAUUAGAAGAUGUUGAAACUGCUGUGGCUUUUCUUGUUGCUAUGCAUAAUUAUAAAUUGGCCGAAAAUGCUCAUUUACGUGUUUCCUUUUCUAAAAAAGGAAUGAAUUAA